AUGACAUCCACGGACUCCACACACCUUAUCAUCGUCUGCUGCCACGGUGUUUGGCUCGGCGGCCCAGCGCAUGGCCAUGACGAAAAUGAAUGGCUGAUUGCCGACUUUCAACGCGGCGAAACUCCAACUUUUAUCGAGCAUAUCAAAGCUGGAGUGGCAGCCCUUGCCGAAGACCACGAUAAAACUUCAACCGGGAAGCAACUAGAUGAUGACAAGACAGUGUUCCAAAGGUCUUGCCAGUUUGACACACGGUCAACAAACUUUUCCAAGUCAUGGCUGGUGUUCUCGGGAGCUCCAACACGCAAAGAAUCACAGAUCUCAGAGGCAGCUGGGUAUAAAAACAUCGCAGCCGCAAACGAUUAUUGGGGACUAUUACCAGAUGAAACGGCCCGCAACGCUGUAUUGUUGGAAGAGCGCGCUCUCGACUCUUACCACAACAUUCUCUUUUCUCGGUCACUCAUAUACUCUCGCUUCAAGAAAUGGCCAACUCACAUCACCGUCGUCAGUCACGGCUUUAAGAAAGAGCGGCUUAUCGACGGACAUUGCUCUGCUAUAGGGCUCAACCUUGAUCGAGUCAACUUUAUCGGCAUAGAUCCUCCUGGGAUGGUAGCUGCGUCGAAGGAUCAGGACAAGGAAGAUGCGAUGAAGGGCGUUGGUCUGGCCUUGGGGGAGUGGAAGGAUGAUCCGCAUGGUACGGGAGAGGUUCUUGCUAAGAAGAGAGUCAAGAGAAAUCCUUGGGGGGUAUGGCAGGGUCAUUUCCCUCAGGGGUUUGACGAGUGA